AUGUCUUCCGACGAUAAGCUCUACAUCUCCUACAACUGUGUACAUAAAUUAUGUCAAAAGGCCGCCACCGAGAUUCUCUCUACCAUCGGUAAGCCAGAUGUUAUCGUCGCCAUCGGUGGAGGUGGAUUUAUUCCAUCCAGAAUUAUACGUACCUUUUUGAGACAAACCGGAGAAAAGAACAUCCCCAUCCAGGCCAUCGGAUUGUCUUUAUAUGAAGACCUGGGUAUGGGAGCAGAUGCCAUUGGUAAAGAAGUUAUUCGUACUCAAUGGUUGGAUUUUGGGGCUCUUGCACAGCAUUUUGAUUCUCUCAUCGGUAAGAAUAUUUUAAUUGUUGACGAGGUGGACGACACCAGAACAACUUUACAUUAUGCUCUGACCGAGUUGUACCAAGACAUUCAAGAAAACGCUGAAAAGUUGGGUAAAGACAUGGGUAAUACCAAAUUCUCUAUUUUUGUUGUCAACAACAAGCUCAAGCCAAAGAGAGCAGAAUUGAACAAGGAUCUUAUGAACGGUGGCAUUUAUUUAUCUGGUGAAGACGUUGAAGACAGAUGGAUUGCUUACCCUUGGGAAUCCAGCGAUAUCGACACUCACACCGAACUCGCCAUAAAACAAGGCAACAAUUAA